AUGAAGACCACUGCGGCUCUGGCGCUGGGAGCGCUCUCCUCAGCCGUUGCCGUCCACGCCGUCCCCGUCGUCGACGAGAGCUAUCCAUACACGGGUCCCGCGGUGCCGGUCGGCGAUUGGGUCGAUCCGACUAUCAAUGGUAAUGGCAAAGGCUUUCCGCGUCUCGUCGAACCCCCCGCCGUCAAGCCCGCGACGAGCAAUCCCACCAACAAUGUCAAUGUCAUCUCCUUGUCGUACUUCCCACAGGGCAUCAAUGUUCACUACCAGACUCCCUUUGGUCUGGGCGUGCCCCCGUCUGUCCAAUGGGGCACCUCUCCCACUGACCUGGACUACACGGCGGUUGGGUACUCUCACACUUAUGACCGCACCCCGCCCUGCUCCAUGAUCGCCGCUGUGACUCAGUGCAGCCAAUUCUUCCACGAAGUCCAGAUCGGCGGCUUGAAGCCGGAUACCACGUACUACUACCAGAUCCCCGCCGCCAACGGCACCACGGCCUCGGAGGUCUUGAGCUUCACCACGGCGCGUGCCGCCGGCGACCCGAGAGAGUUCACUGUCGCCGUUCUCAAUGAUAUGGGCUACACCAAUGCCGGCGGCACAUACAAGCAACUGAUCCAGGCCGUGGACGAGGGCGUCGCCUUCGCGUGGCACGGCGGGGACCUGAGCUAUGCAGACGAUUGGUACUCGGGAAUCCUCCCCUGCGAAGAUGACUGGCCUGUCUGCUACAAUGGCACCUCGACCGAGCUCCCUGGUGGCUUUCCCACCCCCGACGAGUACAAGGUCCCGCUCCCAGCGGGCGAGGUCGCGAACCAGGGCGGUCCGCAAGGUGGUGAUAUGAGCGUCUUGUACGAAUCGAAUUGGGAUCUCUGGCAGCAGUGGAUGGUCAAUAUCACCGCCAAGGUGCCGUAUAUGGUCAUGCCCGGGAAUCACGAACCGAGCUGCAGCGAAUUUGACGGCCCGAAAAACAUCCUGACGGCGUACCUAGACGACGAUGUCUCCAAUGGAACGGCGCCGGAAUCCGAGCUCACGUACUAUAGCUGCCCCCCCUCCCAGAGAAACUUCACGGCCUAUACGCACCGCUUCCGGAUGCCGGGAGACGAGGUAGGCGGUGUUGGCAACAUGUGGUACUCGUUCGACUAUGGACUGGCUCACUUUGUCUCUAUCGACGCGGAGACCGACUUCGCCAAUAGUCCCGAGUGGCCUUUCGCUCGCGACGUCAAAGGCAACGAGACCAAGCCCACGCCAGAUGAGACUUUCGUGACAGACAGCGGGCCGUUUGGUGCCGUAGGCGAUUACAAGAACACUAAGACCUAUGCUCAGUACCAGUGGCUAGCUAAGGAUCUUGCCAGUGUCGACCGGAAGAAGACUCCUUGGAUCAUUGCCAUGUCUCACCGUCCUAUGUACAGCUCCCAGGUUUCAUCCUACCAAGCGGAUCUCCGUGCAGCUUUCGAAGACCUCUUGCUCCAAUACGCUGUUGAUGUCUAUCUUUCUGGUCACAUCCACUGGUACGAGCGUCUCUGGCCUCUUACCGGGAACGGCACCAUUGACACGUCUUCUAUCGCCAACAACAACACUUACUAUACCAACCCCGGCGUGUCCAUGACCCACAUCAUUAAUGGCAUGGCCGGCAACGUCGAGAGCCAUAGUACACUAGGUGCUGGCGACAAGGUCCUGCCAAUCACCACCGUCCUUGACUUCGAACACUACGGAUUUAGCAAGCUCAGGGUUAUCAAUGCUACAGCCCUCACGUGGUCUGUUGUCCGGGGAGAUAAUGGAUCUAUCAGAGAUGAGCUCACGUUGCUCAAGCGGAAGCCUUCAACCGGCACCAACUCCACCUCGACCUCUUCUUCCAGCGCUGCCGCCCCCUCUACCAGUGUGACCGCUUCCUGGACCAACGCGACCAGUUCUUCUCUUAGCGCUACUCCUGGCGUUACCUACACCACUGAGAUCGUCACGGCUUACACCACCUAUUGCCCGCACCCGACCGUUAUCACCCAGGGCUCCAGCACUUACACCGUAACUAAGGUUAGUUUCUAUCAAGGAUGA